GGAACUGGGAGGAGACUGCUAGUCGGGGAGGCCUUCUUACAAGCCGGAGACCCUAGCCUGGUGGGGGCUCUACAGGCCCUGCUGGACCCUCAGCUCCUCCUCGGACUUCUUGUGUCUGCUGCGGGCCUUGCUGAACUCAGGGUCUUGGUCGUGAGAGGUCCGCCAUGUCGGCACCCGGGCUGCUCACGAUGCAGCUGCUGCUCUUGCUGGACGCUUGGUGGGCGCGCGCAGCCGCCCCGCGCUGCACCUACACCUUCGUGCUGCCCCCGCAGAAGUUCACAGGCGCCGUGUGCUGGAGCGGGCCGGCGGCUCCGCGCCCGACUCCGGAGGCCGUGAACGCCAGCGAUGUGGCGGCGCUGCGCGUGCGAGUGGGCCGUCACGAGGAGCUGCUGCGCGAACUUCAGCGGCUGGCGACGGCCGACGGCGCUGUAGCCGGCGAGGUGCGUGCGCUGCGCAAGGAGAGCCGUGGCCUGAGCGCGCGCCUGGGACAGCUGCGCGCGCAGCUGCAGCACGAGGCGGGCCCGGGGGCGGGGCUAGGCCUGGGGGCGGAGCCUGCCGCCGCGCUGGCGCUGCUUGGGGAGCGCGUGCUGAACGCCUCGGCCGAGGCGCAGCGCGCCGCCGCCCGCUUCCACCAGCUGGACGUCAAGUUCCGCGAGCUGGCACAGCUGGUCAGCCAGCAGAGUGGCCUCAUCUCCCGCCUGGAACGCCUGUGCCCGGGGAGUGCGGGCGGGCAGCAGCAGGUCCUGCCACCACCCCUAGUGCCUGUGGUUCCAGUCAGUCUGGUAGGUGGCACCAAUGACACCAGCAGGAGGCUGAAUUCAGCCCCAGAAUCCCAGCGAGACCAGACCCUGAGACAGCAGGGGCCCUUGGCCUCUCCUGUGCCCUCGGGGCACCCUGCUGUCCCUACCAAGCCAGCAGGCCCAUGGCGGGACUGUGCAGAGGCCCGCCAGGCAGGUCAUGGACGGAGCGGAGUGUAUGAGCUACGAGUGGGCCGGCAUGUGAUGUCAGCGUGGUGUGAGCAACAGCUGGAGGGUGGAGGCUGGACCGUGAUCCAGAGGCGGCAAGAUGGCUCCGUCAACUUCUUCACUACCUGGCAGCACUACAAGACGGGCUUUGGGCAGCCUGAUGGGGAAUACUGGCUGGGCCUUGAACCUGUGCAUCAGCUGACCAGCCAUGGGGACCAUGAGCUACUGGUGCUCCUCGAGGACUGGGGAGGCCGCGGGGCACGUGCCCACUAUGAUGGUUUUUCCCUGGAGCCUGAGAGUGACCACUACCGCCUACGGCUUGGCCAUUACCAUGGAGAUGCUGGAGACUCUCUAUCCUGGCACAAUGACAAGCCUUUCAGCACCGUGGAUAGGGACCGAGACUCCUAUUCUGGUAACUGUGCCCUGUACCAGCGGGGAGGCUGGUGGUACCAUGCCUGUGCCCACUCCAACCUCAAUGGUGUGUGGCAUCGUGGUGGCCACUACCGUAGCCGUUACCAGGACGGCGUUUACUGGGCCGAGUUUCGUGGUGGGGCUUACUCUCUCAAGAAGGCUGCCAUGCUGAUCAGGCCCCUGAGGCUGUGA